UCUCUUAGGAUGGCAGAGAAGCCUCGUGGUUCUGACAACCCUCAAGGAGGCCUGGAGAAGUGCAGGAGGCAGAUCCUGAGGUCUACCAAGAGGGCAUGGACACCCCUGGAUGAGCAACUACCUCCUGAUUCAGAAGAGGACAGCCAGGCUUGUGCCCACCCCACACUGGAAGAUUCCAAACAAGAAAGUAUACAGCAAUGGCUGGACUCAGGAUUCUUCAUCUCCACAAAUGAAAACUUGAAUCCCAACGUUGGCCACACUGUUCCUUCGUAUGAACAAGGAAUAGUUCAGAUGACUGUUAAAGACUACAUGAGAUCUCUGCAUCAAUUUUCAGAAAUUCCCACCCUAUCCAGAGGGACUAGUUUCAACUCUUGCCAUUCUACUGCAAGUAUACCACAAAGCAUUCCUGAAUGGUUGGAAUUUUGGGAAAAAGACCCAGUGGAGAUUCUCCUGGAUCUGGGUUUUGGCACUGACGAGCCAGACAUCUGUACACAGAUCCCAGCGAGGUUCCUUAACUGUGGCUCUGCAGCCGAAGGGAUCAAUAUCCGUGUGUUCCUUGAAGCUCAAAAACAGCGGAUGGACACUGAGAAUCCUAACCUGUAUGGACGUUUCAGACAACUGGAAGUCCUGGAUCAUGUGACCUAUGCCUUCUCAUCCUUGCUGAAUGAGGUUAACAUCCUACAGAACAAAGCAGAAGAGGCGAAUGGAGGGACAUAUUUGGAGAAAAUCUCAGUGAGUGGGGUUAUAGAUCAUCGGAGGAGAAUGGCUGAACUCUUAAGAAUCGCUUCAAAACAGAGCAUAAGAAGAGACAGUAAUCUGGAAGUAUGGGAGGCACUGAAGAUGAAGGAUGACUUUUUCACCAUCUCUGAAAAGUCAGAAAAGUGUGCCACAGAGUUACCAACAGUGGCAAACAACCAUGACCAAAGUCACCCACCUCCUUUGACAGGGUGCCAGUCUUUACAAGCAUAUGGUGACCCACUUCCCUGUCAUCCUCCCCAGAUGCUUACACACCAGCGAUGGCCUUUUUCAUCCAGAUUGGCCAAGAAUAUUUCAACUCCCAGUGUGACUGAUGGGCCGCUAAGGGACAAAAUAAGAAAGGAGAACUUGAUUCAGACUAACAAGUUCAAAAACUUGUUUCAUCUUGCAUGUAAAGCCCUGGAUUCAUUUGAAAUGGAAGAGGUCCAGAGUUUUGAAGAAGACAUGGGUCAUUCUCUUGAUAUGACUUCAGGAACAAUAGGUUCUGGGGUGAACAGAGCAAAUAGCUGUCAAUCUGACAGCAGUGGGUUCCUGGAGGAGCUGCCAGAACCACUGCCUCUGCAGAUGCCUUCUGGGCCAAGCAGCCAGUGUCUUAGGGAUCAAAGCCUCUGCUUAACAUCAUCCCAGGACUGUCAGCAAGAGUCUGAUGAGUCAGAUUCCAAGAGUCUGGUGAGCACAUCUUUUUCAAGCCAAGACUGGAGCCUCUUAGAAGGAAAGAACUCAGUAUCUAUGGGGGAGGAAGAAACUCAUCCUCUUGAUUCCACCAUGAGCCCACUAGAGCUGCUGAUCCCGGACAUGGCCUUGGACAAGACCCCAGCUGGGAGGGACCACACGGGAAAGGAUAGCCAUCUGCAACCACUCGUGCGAAUGCCCAACUCUGACCAUGAGGCCAUUGGAGGUACAGACGCUUCCAAGCACGAACGCCCUCUGGGGCUGACAGUGCCCUUUACCACCGAAGUAAAAGAGGAGUUUCUAAAACCAGAAAGUAGCAAGCUCUGCUCUGACAUCGACAGGACAAUCCUGAUGCCAGAAAGUCCACCACAGCUUUGCACCAAGCACAGUGACGUCUCAUCCUAUAUAGAUGACCUUAUUCGAAGCUGUAAAAAGGGUCUUUCUAACCCAAGUGAACUGGCUGGAGAUACCCCCCAAAUGAAGCCAAGGGGUAGCGCUUUAGACCAAAGAUCAUUUAGGGCAGAAGCUGGGGUGAGACACAUUUCUUCUAAUGCUGACUCAAACUCUGACAACUCCAGGUCUAUGACAAUCCAUAUGUCCUCCAAUCUGGUGUCAGCUGCUCAGAGUGCUGUGGCCUUGGGGACAGAUUCUCGAGGAUUAUCUUUAGAAUGCACUAUGUAUGACCCUAUUGCCACAUCAGGACCAAGGUUGAAGAGAGAAGAAACACAGUGCAGGGAUGCUUCUGUUCAGACUUAUUUGUGUGAACCCAGAACUUGGCAUCAUUGUUCAAUCACAAGUAAUAAGACACUGGUACAUGGACACCAGCCCCUCACGAAAUCUGUUUCUCUGGACACAGGCUUCCCUAGUACCUACUCAUUAGGCACUUGCCACAGCUCAUCUGCCCACUGUUGCACCUGCUGUCAUCACCAUCACCAUUGCCACACAGAGGGACCAGGUCCUCACCCUGCAUCCUCAGCCUAUAGACAAUGUCUGUGUCCACACAGCCAUCAUCAUCUAGAGGAUAAGUUCAUGAAGACUUUGAAAGUCCUCCAGGACACUACAGUGAGAGAGCUGUGUUCAUGCACAGCCUAUGAGAUGGAAACCAUGAAGACAGUAUGCCAGGGUUUCCGGGACCAUUUAGAGGAAAUUGAACAGCACCUAAUGGGACAACAGGCGCUCUUUUCCAGGGACAUGACAGAAGAGGAGAGGGAGGAGAUCCAGCAACUGCAGACACUACGCAAGGCCCUGAGGCAGCAGGUGGAGGAGCUGGAGUUUCAGUUGGGAGACCGAGCUCGGCAAAUCCGAGAGGGGAUUCUGUUGCAACUUGAGCUUCUCAUGGAAGAACCACCUGACCCCCACACAGACCUGUAUCCACUUAACUGGACAAGAGGAACAAAGGAUCAGAUGUCAAUUCACCCAGCCAUGGCCUCUGGAGUAGCCUUUCCUCCUGAUGUUGGACAACAGCAGGUUCUCUGCUCACAUGUGGCCCAUGAGGCUACCUUCGCUCCAUCGGCCUUGGAGAACAGCACCAAGACGUCUCAUCUAUCACCAGCUCCAGCAGAAUUGGAACCAGCCCCUUUGUUAAAAUUCCCUGUUGUUGAAAAGGACACUGAAGUUUUGAGAUAG